AUGCAGGCCGGUGGCCGCGGUGACAGCAAAGCUCGGGUUUUGACGAUCUGCAACACGGGCUCGCUGGCCACAGCGGGCUGGGGCACUGCGUUGGGCGUGAUACGCUCGCUGCACGCCAGAGGCCGCCUGGAGCGUGCCUUCGCUUGCGAGACAAGGCCGUACAACCAGGGCGCCCGGCUAACUGCCUUCGAGUUUGUGGAGGAUGGGAUUCCGGGGACGCUGAUCUGCGACUCCAUGGCAGCUUCGCUGAUGCAGCGCUUCGGUGUCGAUGCUUGCGUGGUGGGUGCAGACCGGGUGGCCGCGAAUGGCGACACUGCCAAUAAAAUCGGCACCUAUGCUUUGGCGGUGCUCUGCCGACACCACGGCGUGCCUUUCUACGUGACGGCACCCCUGACCACGCUGGAUGCCAAAACUCGGAGCGGCUCGGACAUUCCCAUCGAGGAACGUCCUGGAGACGAGUUGAGCUGCCUGAAGCUGAAUGGAGAGUCGCACCGACUGGCUGCACCAGGGAUUGAAGUGUGGAAUCCUGCCUUCGACGUUACCCCUGCGGCGCUGAUCACAGGCAUCGCGACCGACAAAGGUCUGGUGCCGAAGCGCAGCACCGGUCCCGAGGACUACGAUGUUGCGGGCUUUCUGGUGCAGCCGAAGGGCAAAAGGAAGAAGCUGGCGUGA